AUGCGCGUUGGCUGCUCCCGGGCCACUCCAAUAACAAACUGUCCCGAGGAGAGUUAAAGAGCCGGAAAGGCGGGGGGCGUUUUCUUUCUUAAAAAUUAAAAAACAAACAAACCCAAAGGCUAAGCUGAAAGAUGGAACAGAGUGUCUCGGAGAGAAAACCCACCAUCACCCCGACUGCAGACUUCGAUGUAAUGGGUGCCUUAGACUGGAAAGACGGCAUUGCUACCUUGCCAGGUAGCAACAUACAAUUCCGUUUAAGUGAGUUUGGAACAUUAGAAAUCAUUACUGAAGCAGAAGCCAUAAAAACUCUCUUGGCUCCAGCAAUAAAUGCCAGCAUAGCCGGCCUUAACCUUGGUGCUUCCACUCCGGCUGCUACCAACACCACUGCUGCCUCUGGCGCUGAUUCUGAAGAGCCCAAAGACAACGCGCCUAGUUCUGACAUCUCAGCCUGUGAAAACUGUGGGCAAAUGGACUGCUUGGAGAAUGGGAAGUUUUGUACUCGAACCUGCUCUCAGCAGCAUAAAGACCAUGACUCUAAAGACAUCCCAGCUGAUUGCAGAAACAGAAUAAGCAGCAGAAACCUUAAUGUCAGCAUUGGCUGCCAGGUUAAUGAGGCUGACAGACCCCUCAAGCGACUCCGAAGGAAGAGGAAACUUCUUCUGGAUUCUGAGGAUGAGGACGAAAAUAUAGAUGAUGAUGAGGAGAAGAAUAAAUCAAAUAAUAUGAAAAGCCGCAGAAAUACUAAACCUCUAAAACAAGUUGUUCCUGGAAAGAAGACGGUGUGGAACUGGGUUUCUUACUUGGAAGAGGAACGGAUGCCAGCUGCUCCCCUAAAACUGUUCAAAGAGUAUCAAUCCUUCCCACAAACUAGGAAUGGAUUUAAAGUUGGAAUGAAGUUAGAGGGACUGGAUCCUGGACACCCAUCUUUAUUUUGUGUCCUCACCAUUGCUGAGGUGCAGGGAUACAGGAUGCGGUUACAUUUUGAUGGUUAUUCUGAGUACUAUGACUUCUGGGUUAAUGCUGACUCUCCAGAUAUCCACCCUGUUGGCUGGUGUGAAAAGACAGGUCACAAGCUGCUCUCUCCGAAAGGUUACAAGGAAGGGGAAUUUAAUUGGGUUUUGUAUUUGAAGAAUUGCAAAGCUCAAGCAGCCCCGAAAAACCUUUUCAAGACCCUCAGCACACCUGUCACACCAUCUGGUUUUCGGGUGGGAAUGAAACUAGAGGCAGUGGACAAAAAGAAUCCAUCUUUGAUGUGCGUGGCAACCAUCGCUGAUAUGUUGGAUAACCGGCUGCUAAUUCAUUUCGACAACUGGGACGAGAGUUAUGACUAUUGGUGUGAUGCUAGCAGCCCGUAUAUUCGUCCUGUUGGUUACUGCCAAGAAACUGGCACCCCACUGACAACACCACCUGAAUACAAGGAUUCCAAAAGCUUCUCAUGGGAGAAAUAUUUGGAAGAAACCAGUUCCCAGGCAGCCCCAGCAAGAGCAUUUAAACUGCGUCCAGCCCAUGGGUUCCAGGUUACCACAAAGCUAGAGGCUGUGGACAGGAGAAAUCCCAUGUUAAUAAGAGUGGCAACAAUAGCUGAGAAGGAGGACCAUCGUAUCAAGAUACAUUUUGACGGUUGGGACCACAGCUAUGAUUUCUGGGUCGACGCGGACAGCCCUGACAUUCACCCUGUGGGCUGGUGUGCAAAAACCGGACACACCCUGCAGCUCCCGCUAGGUGCUGCUGAUAUGAUGGGAGUAGCAGGGCAGGGGUGUCCUACCCCCGGCUGCCAGGGUAUUGGUCAUGUCAGGGGACCCCGAUAUGGAACACAUUAUACGUUAGUUGGCUGCCCGUAUUCCGAAGUUAACCUCAACAGAGAAAGCUCAUUACAGGAUCGCCUCAGUGGGGAGAGGCCUUCACCCAGCAACAGUGUCCAGAAGCCCAAGAGACCAGAGACUCCUGCUCCAUUCAUAGACCCACAGGAGGACUCUCCACAGUCCAGAAAAUCUUCCAUGCAAGAUAGUGAAAGAUCGGGUCGAAGCAGCGUCCACAGUCUGUCAGAGCAGUCUGAAAACAGUCAAGAGAAGCAUUGGAUUGAAGAGGAAUCAUCUGCAGAUACCCUCGCCAAACCAAAAAAGGUUGGGUGCUCGCAUGCCUAUAGAAAGCUCCAGCUAGUGAAACAGGAAUACGAAGGGAAAGACACAGAAUUCACUCUGCAGCAGGCCCUCCAUCAGUCUGUCUUCAUGCCCUCCCUGUCCUCCAGCCCGACCCACCGCCUCCAUCUCUGCUGGGAGCAGCAUUGCAGGCUGCUGCCGGAGGUUUCGGGCCUCACUGCCAGGAGCGUGGCCAAAUGGACCGUGGAAGAGGUGGCUAGCUUUGUCCAGCGUUUACCUGGUUGUAAGGAACAAGCUUCAGUAUUCAGGGAAGAGCAGAUAGACGGUGAAGCCUUCCUCCUCCUGAACCAGGCGGACAUAGUUAAAAUACUGAGCAUUAAGCUGGGUCCUGCACUGAAAAUCUACAAUGCCAUCCUCAUGUUCAAAUCCGCAGAAGAAGACUGAGGAGAUCCCUCUGAUGCAGGCCGAGAGGGGACAAAGAGGAACAGGGGGAACGCAUCAGCAACCGAGUGCUUAGUGCCUGCUUUACACAGUGCUGAAUAGACUGACCGGAACAUUUGUAAGCAGGGGCCUGAUCACGUUUCAGACUGACUUAAAGUGAAACCUGUUGAAAGGAUAUCGAAGAUGUAAAAAUCCUGCCCCAGCCUGGGAUGGGGGUGCUGUCAAUUCCAGGAAGAGGAGAUGAUUAUAUUUUCUAAUUGAAUUUGGUUUGGGUAUAUUGAUCUCUUUUUAAGAUCUAGAAGAAACCUCCCAUUAUAAGGGGAAUCCAGGGUGAUAUUAUUAGAGGAGCUGCUAUCUCAAGCAAAUCCCUCUGAGCAAAAUGACUGUUCUGCCUCACGAUAGUGCCUGAAAGAGUCUGAAUGAUCACCAGCGUGUUCAAUAUAUUCUGGGUGUUUCAAACUUGAGGGGGACAGUAGGAGAACAAAGGGGGGCGGGUUGCACUUCAAAGCAAUGCACUUGAAUUCCUCACCACUAGGAAUCAACUGCUGGCCUUUUCUAGACUGGUUUUAAAAUCCCACAGUUCGUCUUCUUGCUCUUGGCUGUUAAGUACUCUCAGCUAAUGAGAUGCCUGCAGAUCAACAGAACGGCAGCAUUGGGGGUCAAAACGGCUCCGUCUCAGAGAUGGUUUACGUUAUUUUUGGAGAGAGCUCUAAGAUAGGCCAGUGAUUGGAAGAAGUUCUCUUUUAAGACAGGCAGUGGUUGGGCAGAGAUCUCCACUGAAGGAGUGGACACGCUAAAGGUAUUUAGAAGAAUGAUCCUAGCUCAUGCAUUCCCACGAGGAUAGUUUGGACUAUUGUCAUCUCUAUACCAUGGAGAUCUUACUGAGAAAUGACAUGGUAAAGAGCAUUCAUGAAUUUGGUGGUCUCACUAAGACCCUCACCACCUUAAGAGCAGCACCAUGUUUAAACAAUCAUGUUUAAACCCAGUUGUAGCUAGCAUGGUUCUCCUCCCAUUGUGAACAGAACUCCCUAAAAACAUUUGCUUUAGUUUUUAAACAGCAGGCACUGUGUUGAAUGACUAAAGCUUGUCAUGACACUGUCAUGUCAGAGUUCCUCGGAGCAUUCCAGCAUCGCUGCAGGCAGAAUUGGCAGAGAAGGCUCCUUGGAUGAGGCUGAGGAUUUGAAUGGAAAGGGAAAAGUGCCUUUUGCAUGCCGGGGUGAGAAGAGGCUUCUACUGAGAGAGAAUGGGAACAGAGCGAGGCAGCCACCUCUGCUUAAAAUUCCCUACCCCCAACUUGCCAAUGGCGCCAGACAUUCUGAGCAAAUAAGGGAACUAGUUUGUCCAGAAUGAGACAGGUAGCAAUCGUAUCGGGGGGGGGACAAAGUGUGUAGCUAUGUCCUUGUGCAAUACAUAACAAUCCACACACUUUGGUACCAAUAAAGUACUGGCAAUAUUUCCUGCUCUUCCAAAAGUCACAGUGUCAUUUUUACAGGCAGAAGGUCCCUUGUGUGAUGCCCAAUAUGUGACAAUUACACACAAUUAUUAAUACACUGAAAACUCCUUUCAAUAUAGCAACUCCUGGGGGAAGUGAUCACUUCUUCCAUCCCCAAGAGCUCUGUUCUGUGACCUCCCAUGCCUUGGACCAUCGUGGCUUCAUCCCUGGCCAACCUGUUCACUGGGUAGUUGUAUAUCGGAAAUCCGCUUGGGGAUUUUGUGUGCAUGUGGGAGAAGGGGGUGGUCAGAGGGAUCCUCAGGAGGUUGGACAGUAUCUGUCCUCAUAGAAUCCCACCACUCAAGCCACAGGGUGUAUGUGAGAGAGUGAGCGCUUCUGGAUGCUGUAGCCAUGCUGAUGUUACGUGACCUGGCUCAUGCUUGCCAUCAGUCAAGACCAAUGCUGGAUGAAUUUCCCAGGGGACUGUACGGUGAGAAGAGAUGAACCACCCUCAGACACCACCAAAAACCUCCAGCUGUUGUACGUGGAGUCUGUAUCACCAAUGUCGCUGCCUUUGUCCUAGUCCCACACCUACCGCAACAGCUAAGUUAUGAACUACCAACCUCUAUUUAAAGGCUUCGUACACAACUGUGUGACACAGUUAUAAGGGCAACUGUUGGUCUUCCAGCCACAUCCACGUUCCAACUUUACCUUUCAGCUUCUGAUCGCAAGGUCUCCGUAACCUUCGUCAAGUAAAAAGUCCUUUAAAAUUGUAAAUAGAGCAGAAUCCAGGCUGCUGAAUCAGUCCAGUGUAGGAUUAAUAUGAGGAGCAAUAUGUCUCCCAGCUUUCUAUUUUUGUAUAAGGAGUUACGGAGUUUAAGCCUUCCACACCGAAAAGUUACUGAAAGUGAGUGGUGGGAGGGAGUCUCUGUGAUUAAUCUGAAAUAUUAAAUAACAGAUGAUGUGCUGCAUACACCACUGCAGUAGAGUUUAGUAAUUUAAUGCAGCUUUAUGGUGCUGGGUCAGAUAUGCACUUUAUAAAAUAAGUACAUUUCCAAUGUGAUAACGGGAUAAUCACCAAAGAGCACGAUUUCAUUAUCAUAGUCUAAGCAUACUGGUACUAUAUAAAGAAAUGCUGUGGGGUGACUUAGAAUACGGUGGGCUCCUUUUUUAUGGUGAAGCUUUUCAUUUUAUGGUAAACUUCACCCUAAGCAAAGGGUCCCUAUAAUAGGAAUCACAAGUAGCACAUCUCAUGCACUGAUACACUUCCCAUUCUAAUUGAGGCACAAUUACUUAGUGAUUAGAGCAGAGGAGUAGAAGGCAUCUUGGGUUCAGGUCCUGGUUAUUCCACUGACUUGCUUGUGUGAUCUUCAGCGAGUCACUUCAUCACCGCGCCUCACCAGGAUCUGUAAAACCAGGAUGCAACUUACCCAUCUGUGUAAAGUGCUUGGACAUUGUCUGAUGAAUUGUGCUAUGGGAGUGCAGUGUUUUACUAUAUCUCUGUUCCCAAUAAGCAGGUCCUACUGAGUUUCCUGUUUUCCUUCCUUCCCUAAAUUGGGACCCUCAGUGGGAACAGCAGAUUGGCUCCUGGCAACAAAGAAAAAAAGAAAGAAUGAACAUCGGUGAAACAAGCCAUGAGGAUUGCAGUCACUGGAAUUAUUCAGAAAGAAGUGAGAUCUUUAAUUUAGGGGCUUCCCAGCCAGCUGCAUCAAAGAAGAGAAUUUGUACUUGCCUGGAGUUUAUUCAAGCAGAACAGUAGCGGUAGCUUCCAGACAGGAAGAAGGAAGGGAACCAUUUAGGGAUAGAAGGAGGAGGAAUAUGCGUCUUGUGCCUAUUUUUCUAAUCCGGUAACUUUCUUCACAGAAUAAGCAAGAACAUGUGCAUCUGUUAUUAGCUCUAUUCCUUCCACAUAUAUAUCUAUUUUUAAUAAAAACAAACAACUUUACAAUAACGAUUCACGAUUUCAAAUCUUUUUCCCAUCACAUUUCCAAUAAUUUCAUUGGAAAGCUAAAAAAAGAAAACACUGACGUUUUACUUCAGCAUGCUUCCCAGCUCAGGUAGAUGGACAUCCACUAGCUGUGCUCAACCUAGCACGCUUCAAAUAGCAGCGUAGCCAGGGGUAGUACAAGCAGCAGCUUGGGGUAGGCCCCCUAAAUACAAACCCGCCCAGACCUCAGGGUACAAACCUGGGUGGUUAGCCCCCUGCUGUUUUUAGCAUGCUAGCUCAGGCGGCGUUAGUGCGUGUCUGUCUGCCCAAGCUGGGACGCACACUUCCAGCUGCAAUGCAAACAUAUCUUUUGUAAAUGCUAGUCAAUAUUUGUGUCUUUAAGCAAGAGGUCUGAAAGCACAUGUUUGAAUUAUAUUUCUUUUGUUAGUUUGAAACCUGCUCUUUAAUUUCCUUUAAAGUAGAAAGCAAAAAACAAUUUGGCUCUUGUCACUUGGUUUGAGGGUUUUCAUGAUCGGACCAGUAACAUAAGCAAAAAAACAGUAGUCUGCCUGGCUGAAUUUCAGUCUUAAAAGACAACAGCCAUUUAAAAAAACAAUCAAAGGAUAAAUCUAUUACUUAUCAACACAGCAAUAGAAAGCAUGACAACUAUUAGCCAUGGAUCAGCAAGGCAAUUGGAAAGUAGAAGUUCUAAAUGAUUUUUGUUAUAUUUGUACAGUAUGUUGCAGUCCCAUCCCCUUUUUAGAAAUCCAAAAUGUUCAGGUCUUUUCUUUUUAAUCCCUCUUAGCAGGGAGUCGUGUUUUCAAAUUUCUGUGUCAUCACAAAUGAACAUCCUUGUAAACUGAUGGUAGCAAAUUUCUGCUCUGGGUAAUUAAUCGCAUUAGAGUUGGACAGAAUCAGUCGGCGCCACUAACAGCAAAAUCAUACAACCAAAGAAAAAGAAUUCAGCCCAGGGGAUAAGCCAGUUCUGCUGUAGAAGAUUUCCUGCCUGCUACUUUUAUGCCCUGUUAAGGGAAUGAUACCACAGAAAGCUUUACAUUUUUUGACAUUCUCUCCAUCAUGUGAUGAGCUAGUUUAUUUUCAAACUUCUAUGACUUGAACUGGAAAUAUGAGCAAAAUGGGGGAAUUCACAGUGAGGUUUUCAUUUCAGUGUUUGAAAGUUGUUUGCUAUUUAAUACUUGAACCUUUUAUGCUAGCUGCCCCAUGUUUGACAUUGAGCUACCACUGAUGCUUUCU